GAAGGGCUUUGGGGGGGGGGGGGGGGUGACCCCGCCGGCGUCCUUCGCUCCCGUCUCUGACCCGCCCCUCGCCCACACCCGGUGCUUUUUAAACUGUGUUUAAAACAUCCUCCUUCCUCACCCGCCCCGCGCCAGUGCUUUUUAAGCAGGAUUUUGUUGGGUUUUUUUUCUCGCUUUCGGGCCGUUGCGAAGGAAGGCCCCCCCCGGCCCACACCCCCCCCCCUUGUCACCCCUCGGCCCCGCAUCGCUCGCAAAUGCAAGUGAUACAAAAACACUCAGGAAACUGAGAGGGAGAGGAGGGUCCUUGCGUUUGACCACACCUCACAUCCUGAGAGGCUCCAGACCAGGAACGGUGGCCAGGCUUCUGGAAAUAUGUAAAGAAACUUCCAGGAGUACAAAGUCAGGUGAAGGACCCGUGCAGGGCUCUGGAGAGGAGCUACCUGGGCUGCAGAGCACAAAUUCUGUCUCUGAUCUUUAAGAAUCAUUUUGCAAGUGAUGGAAAAGCAACAGUUGAAGAAGGACUCGAUGGCACCACACAGGAAAUUCACAGCCCGGGAUGGACCUCAGUAACCCUCAGGAACAGCCCGUGGCUGCAGAACAAGAGGAUUUGACAGACUGUAAUCUGAACAAAUCCCAGGAAAUGGAAAGCAUGGAUAAUGUGGAAGACAUGAAGGAACACAAUCAGUCUAAUGAAGAAGCAGGAGAUCAUGUGAUUAAAGUGAAGGGUGAAUACAGUGAAAGAGAGGAGAGUGCUUUAAAUUCCGAGGCUAUGGAAAACCAAGAGGAAUCUGAACUGCCUUACGCCUAUCCCAGAGAAUAUAACGAGUAUGAGAGCAUUAAACUGGAGAGACACUCGGGUUCCUAUGAGCACGUCAGGCCAGCUAGUGGGAAGAUGACUUGUGAUAUCUGUGGAUUAGCCUGCAUUAGCCUCAAUGUCUUGAUGGUUCAUAAGCGUAGCCACACUGGUGAACGGCCAUUCCAGUGUAAUCAGUGCGGAGCUUCCUUUACUCAGAAGGGAAACCUCCUCCGCCACAUUAAACUACACACAGGGGAAAAACCUUUUAAGUGCCACCUGUGCAGUUAUGCCUGCCAGAGGAGGGAUGCGCUUACGGGUCACUUAAGGACACAUUCUGUGGAGAAGCCAUACAAAUGUGAGUUUUGUGGCAGGAGCUACAAGCAGAGGAGCUCUCUGGAGGAGCACAAGGAGCGGUGCCGGACUUACCUGCAGAACGCUGGCAUGUGUGAGGCUGCCAGCGUGGAGGCGAGGCACAUCAAGGCAGAGAUGGGGAGUGAAAGAGCCCUUGUGCUGGACAGGCUAGCGAGCAACGUGGCAAAGAGGAAAAGCUCAAUGCCUCAGAAAUUUAUUGGCGAGAAGCGGCCGAGUUUCGAUGUCAGCUACAGCGCGGGUUUCCUGUACGAGAAGGAGAGCGAGCUGAUGCACGGGCGCAUGAUGGACCAGGCCAUCAACAACGCCAUCACCUACCUGGGGGCCGAGGCCCUGCGCCCGCUGGUGCAGACCCCGCCGGCACCCACGGCCGAGAUGGUGCCGGUGAUCAGCAGCCUGUACCCGCUGCCGCUGCCCCGCGCCGACGUCCCCAACGGCGCCGCGCCCGAGCCCGGCCACGGCCACCUCAGGGACAAGAGCCUGUCAUCCGACAGGGGCCUCUCCCCCAACAACAGCGGCCACGACUCCACGGACACUGACAGCAACCACGAGGAGCGGCCCAACGCCUCCUUCCCCCAGGGCCAGGGCAUCCCCGCCCCGGCCCGCAACGGCCUCCCGGCCCUGAAGGAUUUCCCCAGGCCCUACGACAUCCUCAAGCCGCCCGCCCUGUGCCCGCGCGACGCCUUCAAGGUGCUCAACAAGGACGGGGAGCCCAUCGGGGUGUUCCGCUGCGACCACUGCCGCGUGCUCUUCCUGGAUUACGUCAUGUUCACCAUCCACAUGGGCUGCCACGGAUUCCGAGACCCCUUCGAGUGCAACGUCUGCGGCUACCGGAGCCACGACCGCUACGAGUUCUCCUCGCACAUCGCCCGGGGGGAGCACAGGGUCGUGCUCAAGUGAAGGGACCCCGGCUCUCCGAGGGCUCUCCGAGGGCAGGGGCCGUGUUUUCCCGUCCCAGGGGAGGCUCGGCUGGUUGGGUUUUUAAUUAGUGUAACGAAAUUUCCCGAGUAUUUUUCUAGGCCAGUUUUAAGCGUGUCACGGGGAGGUGACACCUCUGUAAAUUCUUUCCCGAUAAUUCAGUGUUCUGUAGCAUCUCUGCCUGGCUGCUGUGGCGAGCAGGACUGUGGGAAACACCCGGGGCAGAGACUGGUUUUGAUAUGAACUUUAUUUUUGUGAAACUUCAGAGCCAUUUGCGAUGUUUUCAAUUUUUAGCGUGUGUUUGUUUUUAUAGGGUUUGCUUUAACUCAGCACAAAAGGGUUUCUUGGCAGCUCCCCUGCUUGCUCAGGUGUUUGGUCAGAGGUGUGUUGGAGGAGCUUUUCCUAGUUAUAAUUCUCAUAUGGUCUUCCAGUGGCUCAUCACCAAAACAAGGAAAGCAAGGGCAGGAAAAGGGAGGGAUUUUUAAUUCCUCCUUCAGGCUUUUCCCCUAAGCCCUGAUGAGUGUGUGGCCCUACCACACUUUCAUUGUUCUUACCCCUUUUGUUCUGUUUCUUUAAUGUCACUCCCACCCAGCAAGAGCAAAAUAAGAAAUGAGACCUAUUUGGGGUUGGGAUUUUUUAACAAUAAGCAUUUUUGGGAUACCCAGUGAGGUCACUGGUUGGCUCAUCCAUGUAGGCUGGGGGAAAUCCCGAUUUUCAUUGCUGGAAACUCCUUCUUUCUCAUGGGUGCCAUGAACAAGGAUGAAGCUGUGCUGUGUGUUGUGCCUCUGCCUUGCUCCUGCUGUGCUCCAGCAGCAGGACACGUGGCUGUGCCAUUCCAUGUCCCUAUGGACAGUCCUGGGAUGGGAGCGGGAGCGGGUGGGACCUGCAGGUGUGUGGGAGCUGCACCAGGACAUCCCUUGGCAGGAGAUGCUGCUCCACACCCUGAGCAGGUGCCUCCCUUUGAAGCUGGUUUAUAAAACAAUUCCUUGGAACUCCUCCCUGCUCCGCAGCCCUGUCGGUGUCCCUGUGCUGGAGAGGGAUUUGGGAACGGCUUUGCUGAGCGAAGGUUUAUUCUUUGUGAAGUAUUUUUGUACCCCCUAGUUAGGAGUGUUCUGAUGGACUUUCUGCAUCCCUUGUGUGGUUUGAGAGCUGCGUUGCUUUUGUGUUAUCCCUGGUGAUCCAGCUGCUUCCCUGAGGGAAGGCUGGAGAUUUCAGGGUCAAGAAAUACCGAAUUCCACUCCCUCUGCCUCUUUUGGCUCAAGUGUUUCCUCACUAAGAAUUUUAAGGUACAAAAAAAAAAAAGACUACAUUAAUUUUUCCCACUAAUGGUAGAUCUGGAGGGGGAUAACUCAGCCUGCAGAGUGUCCAGAGUGCUGUGGAAGAGCUAAUCCAGGAUCCUGCUAUCCCUGGGGCUCAGGAGAACUGUUUUGCUGUUAUGUGUGGAGCUGUAAAGCACGUUUAGGAUCUUUCCCAGUUUCCCAUCUGAGGCAGGUUUGGCUCUUCCCCAAUGGACACUUGUGUCAUAUUGUGACAAACACUCCCCCCAAGAGAGGCUGCGGUUCCACCAACAAUCCACCCCAAGGGUUAAACCUUUGGGCCUGGAAAAGAGAGGGAAAGGGAGGGAAGGAAUUCCCAGAGGACAAAGAGAAACAGUUCUACUGCUGCUCUGACAUUUCUGUGAUAGUUUGGGGAAUCUAAGUUCGACGUUUUUAGGACAUUGUGGUUGUCUUUAUCAACUUCUAAUUUUGUCACAAGCUUGCUUUUCAAUGGCUUAGUUUUCAACACCAAAGAAUUGUCAAUAAAUGAAUAAAAUACCUAAA